AUGGAUCGUAUUAGCGAUAUGCGUCACCGCAAACCGGUUGCCAGGGAUGCCGUCUUUGCACCCAGUGCUUACCUCUCCAUCAACACGGCAGGCAAGAUUGUUGUCUGGGUCACCCGCUCGGAAAUGGGCCAGGGUAUCAGCACCGGUUUGCCCAUGCUGGUAGCUGAAGAGCUCGACGCAGACUGGCGCGACAUCACCAUUGAACAGGCAGUGGCCAGUGCAGAAGUAGAUUACGGCCAAUUGUUUACCGCGGCCAGUUCAAGCAUCGCCGGCGAAUUCCACAUGUUCAGGCGAGCAGGUGCUACGGCACGCGCCAUGUUGCUCAGUGCGGCUGCCGAAGAUAUGUCUGUCUCUGAAAAAGAUUGUCUGGUGGCAGACAGCACUAUUACACAUACACCCAGCGGGCAGAGUCGUACCUUUGGCGAUGUUGCAGAGCUUGCAGCCCGCCAGUGGGCACCCGUGCGACCGACACUGAAACAACCCGCCGACUUUAAACUCAUAGGCACGCCGCUGCCUCGACUAGACCUGCGUGACAAAGUCACCGGCCAGGCUGUGUAUGGUUUGGACGUUCGUGUGCCCGAUAUGCUGUACGCAGUUGUCUCACGCCCACCCCACUUCGGCGCUGAGUUGGUGUCUUUCAACGAUACGCAAUCACGCCGCGUGAAAGGUGUUGUUGAUGUUAAACAGAUCUCCACCGGCAUCGCCAUUGUUGCGCAGAGCAGUUAUGCCGCCCUGCAGGGCCGGCAGGCGUUACAGACAACAUGGUCACCAGUACCCGCUGACGCCAUUUCCAGCAGGCAAAUCAGCCACAGAUUAAAAGCUGCGUUAGACCAACCCAGCCAGUUUGUUGAAAACUCCGGCAGCGAACCCCUUGACACCACACAGCUGCAGCAAUAUUCGACACGCUAUGAAGUGCCUUAUCUUGCCCACGCCUGUAUGGAGCCCAUGAACUGUACUGCACACGUGACCAAUAACUUUUGUGAGGUGUGGGCGCCCACCCAGGCGCCGGAAGGCGCAAGACGCACCGCCGCCGCGAUCAGCGGCCUGCACAUCGACCAGGUACGCAUCAAUGUGACGCAACUCGGCGGUGGCUUCGGUCGCCGCGCCGCUGAUGAUUUUGUCCGUGAAACCGUUGAGCUUGCGACGCAAAUAGAUCAGCCGGUACAGGUAUUCUGGUCCCGGGAAGAUGACAUUGGUCAUGCCAGCUACAGGGACGCUGCUGCACACCAGCUCACGGCCUGGAUUGACCCUGUUUCCGCAAAAGUGAUGAAUUGGUCUCAUCAGCUGGUCUCCGCCCAGGCCGGUGAGCACCGGGACAACACCAUGCCUUUCACUGCGCGUAUGGGUUCAGCCGAUUUACCUUACAAUUUUGCGCAUACCAGCCUGGGUUGGUCUUCAGUUCUUGCGCCGCUACCGCUACAGAUCUGGCGCUCGGUGGGUUACUCCUACAACACGUUUGCCGUUGAAUCGUUUGUCAAUGAGCUCGCCGCGCAGGCCAAUAUCGACCCAAUCGAAUAUCGCCUGCAGUUGCUGAGUGACAACCCGCGCAUGACAAAUUGCCUGCAAAAAGUUGCAGACUUAUCUGACUGGCAGCCCGGACCUCGACAUCUGGGUGUGGCGACACACAACUUCGGCUCUACCCAGGUAGCCAUGGUUGUUGAAGUGAGCGGACAGGGCCUGUCGUCCCUGAAGGUAGAGAAAGUCUGGUGUGUGAUCGAUUGUGGCAUUGCAGUGAAUACCGACAGCGUUGCGGCGCAGAUAGAAAGUGGCAUCGUUGACGGAUUAUCUGCGGCACUACAUGGCCAGAUUACUGUUGCAGACAACGCGGUGGUACAGAGCAAUUUCCACAACUACCCGCUGCUGCGCAUGAACGAGGCGCCGGACAUCGACGUUGAAAUUGUGCCCAGUACCGCGUACCCCAGCGGCGUUGGCGAGGCCAGCCUGCCCGGCGUCGCGCCAGCACUGACCGCCGCGUUACAGCACAUGACCGGCGAAUGGAUUCGAACAUUGCCAAUCGCGCUUCUCCUGGACAGCCAGGUGAGUGAGGCAGAGUGGUCGAUCCGCCAGGACCUUGCCUGUUUGUAUCGUGUUGUUGCCCAUCACGGGUGGGACGAUUUUCUGUUUACCCACCUGUCGGUGCGUAUCCCCGGACCUGAACAUCAUUUCCUGCUGAAUCCACUGGGUUUGUACUUCGAAGAAAUCACCGCUUCGAGCCUGGUCAAGGUGGACGUGGACGGCAACAAGGUCAUGGAUACACCUUAUGACGUCAAUCCAGCGGGCUUCACCAUUCAUUCGGCGGUGCACAUGGCACGUGACGAUGCACAUUGUGUCAUGCAUCUGCACACUGACGACGGCGUUGCCGUAUCGGCUCAGGAAUCUGGACUGUUACCCAUUACCCAGCAUGCCAUGCAACUGGGUGAGAUUGCCUAUCAUGACUACGAAGGUGUGGCCCUGGAUCUGGACGAGCGCGCACGUAUAGUCGCCGACCUGGGCACACGCCAGUGCAUGCUGCUGCGCAACCACGGCACACUUACCGUGGGCCAGUCCUGCGCAGACGCUUAUAUGGCCAUGUACUAUCUGGAGCGUGCCUGCACCAUGCAGGUUCGUGCGCUGAGCGGCGGCACAGCCAUCUGUCAGCCACCACAAGGCUCAGCAGAAAAGGCCGCGAACCAGAGCAAAGGAUUGUUCGACGGUCGUAUCGGUCCGCUGGCCUGGGACGCGGCGUUCAUCAACCUGAUCAAGCCUACCAUUGCAAUUGAAAUCCAGGGUGACGGCCAACGCUACCAGCUGGGGGUGCAAACGCGGGCGAAUCUGAACUACUGGGUCGAUGUAGACAGCCCAACCCAGUGGCAGACUUUCAGCUUCCCACUGGCUCAGCUUGUCGCAAAACGCCGCGGGCGCAUUGUUGCGGAUGCCGCGCCUUUAGAAGCCCUGGAUAUCACCGGUUUUAACCUGAUGAUCAGCCACGGCCAGCAUGGCCCUUUCACGUUGCAGCUUCGCAACCUUUCCCUGCAGGAGGUAAUAGGCAUACCUGGCACCAUGGCCGGACUUGCCCUCAGCAUUGCCAUGAUUUUUGACGCCAUUACCGACCCGUUAGCGGGGAUUGUCAGCGAUCGCAUGCAGUCGCGCUGGGGACGGCGCCAUCCGUUCAUGUUUGUUUCAGCCUUCCCACUGGUGAUCUGUUUUAUCGCCCUGUUCUCCCCACCGGACACCUUAAGUGACAUGGGCCACUUUCUGUGGUUGACGGGGUUUGCCGUUCUGGUGCGCGGCUCCCUGACCUUUUUUUAUGUGCCACAUCUGGCCCUUGGCGCGGAGCUGGCGCAGGACUAUAACCAGCGUUCCACGCUGUUUGCCCUGAGUACCGUGUUUUCAAUCACCGCCAUGGCUGUGGUGUCUUUUGUCGGCUAUCGCUACUUCUUUCCCACCACCGAGCUGUACAGCCCCGGCACCCUCAACCCUGCUGGAUAUGCACCCUUUUCAAUGUUCUUUGCGGGCAUGAUGUUUGUCGCCAUCAUGCUGUGUGUGUUCGGCACGGGCAGCGAAAUCAAACACAUGCGGGUAAAUCGAGUCACCACCGCCCUGACCUUUAAGAACAGUUUUAUGGAUUUUAAGGCGGUGUUUGGCAACCGCUCUUACCGGCUGAUUUUAUUUGGCAUGUUGCUGUCUACGUUUGCUAUCGCUGUAGAAAGCAUUCUCAGCCCGUUUAUGGGUGUUCAUUUCUGGGGAUUGACCACAGAAAGUCUGGCGACCAUCUCAUUUGGUACUUUGAUCGGUUUAUGGAUUGGCCUGCCGCUGGCACCCUGGUUCACGCGUCUGCUGGAUAAACGCCUGGCGCUGGUUCUGCCUGCGGUGUUUGUGGUAAUCAACGCCAAUGCAGCCUUGUGCAUGCGCCUGUUAGACGUCUCAUGGUUUCCUGACAACGAUUCACCCUGGAUCUACUGGAUUUAUUUCCUGCGGUAUCUUUUGCAAGGUAUCUGCCUGCCGGUGAUCUUCGCCAGCUUCAACUCCAUGUUUGCCGAUAUCUCAGAUGAAGUUGAACUCGAAACCGGGGUCAGACGGGAAGGCGUGAUUUAUGCCUCCCGUUCUUUUGCUGCAAAAAUAACAAGCGCGAUGGGCGCGUUGCUUGGUGGUGUGGUUUUAGAUGUGAUUGCAUUCCCUCGGGGCGCCAUCGCCGGCACCGUGCCAGAAGAGACCUUAUGGUGGUUAGGCUUUAUGGAGGGCCCCGCAACAAGCCUGCUGUCUAUUUGCGGCGUCCUGCUUUAUCUGCGCUACGGCAUAGACCGGGUGCGCCACGCAGAAAUACGCACGGCCAUCGCCGCGCGUGAUGCAUCUAAUGAAGUAGGUGCCGCGGAUAAAUAG